AUGUCCGAAGAGGGGUCCUGGUGGCGGCGCCUUGGCUCCGCUUUCCAGCCCCGCUCUGAACACAACGCGCCCUCUCAGUCGACGUCUAAUGUUGGUAAUGUUGGACGCGCACAGAACACUGGUGUCGGUUUCGCCGCACUCUCAGUUCGAUCUACUGCGUCCCAUCGACAUCGCCGCUCCGCUCUCGAGAACGUUAGGAGUACCUCUAGCUCACAGCUCGCCGCUCCUUCCUCCGAUCUAGCCCCUCCCCUGUCUAUUCUUCCCCCACGCUCACCAUCCACGCCCCCUUCCACUCAACGAAAACAACAACUUCACCGCCAACUACCGAAAUCAUGUCCUUCCUCGCCGCCCAGAAGCACACUCACGCCCCAGCCCCAGCAAAGGAGUGCCUCGGGGCCUUCAUGCACACCGACUGCUCAAGUUCAACCUGGAGGUGCUGCAUCGCCGCCCCCUGCAUCCAGCCCACAACCACCCUCCCAGCCUCAGGUGCAGAUCUCCUCACCGCAACCUAGGCACCCGUCUCCUCAACCUCCAUCGCAAUCACUGCAGUCUGAACGAGAGCAAACUUCUCCUUCCCCGAGGUCCACUCCAGUCAGGCAUCGCCACCCGUCCACCAUCGCCGAGGAAGGUACCCCUACUCCUUCCCCUCCGAGCGACCGAGGGAAGAUACCGGUCUCUUCGCCUCCAACCGCGGCUACAACGUCAGCCCAGAGCUUGCAGCCUGGCCACCUGCCCUCUAGCCCAGGAACCCCUGCCACCUCUGGCCACUCCAGAGCAAGUCCAGGUUCGCCUUUCUCGACAACCCGCUCCAAGCGCUCGUUGUCUUUGCCGCGCCCCGUCUCGGUGAUUCUGUCUUCCCCGGCGUCCAUAAGUCGGGCGUCGCAGCGUCAGCAGUCACCCUCGCCAACAAAUACACCUCCUAGGGUCUCUAAGGACGACUACUACCACCAGAGGACGCAUGGCAGCCAUUACAUCAUGCACCCCUCUCAUCGACGGAGGGCGAGCUCUACUGGGUCGCUUGCUGAGGCCGCGAACUUGCUUGCCACCAGGAACCAGUAUUCGGCGACGCUUACGUCGCUUGUCUCGAUGGGGUACUCGAAACAACGUGCCGAAGAAGCCUUGUGGAAGCAUCCGACUAAGGCAGCCGCUUAUCUGGAACAUCAGGACCACGCCGGACAAGACAUCUUAAUUGGCGACUGCGAGUGGUGCAUCCCUUGGUUAGGCCUGGCACACAUGAUCGAAGUCGGAACGCCUCCCAAACCCAAGCUGAAGCCGCAACCAAAGCCCGAAACCGUCACAACCGCGCCUAAGAAGAUCGAGAAGCCGAUACUAGUUGAGAACCCGCGGGACGGCGGGAGUACUCCGGCCCCUGCCGCCGCGAAGCAAGAAACGCCCAGCCCGUCCAAGUCGGAAGACUCUGAAGCCCCCAAGAUCGGAAUCACGACGCCGACGAAGAACUCAAAGCGCAAGUCGACGCUAAGCCAGACGAGCGCGUACAGCCAGGAGACGGCCGCCGACUCGAUCGUGCCGGUGAUCGGCCAUGCGAACGGUGAGAACUGCCAGAUCUGCAAGACGGCAGUCGGCGGUGUGUGCCAGUGGAGUGACUGGGGGUGGGAGCACGGGAAGUGGGAGCUCGAGUUCUUUAACGAAGAGUAG